AUGGAAACAAUUCUCACAUACAAAGCUUUCGGCUUCACUCUCUUGAUCUUCUCCAAUUACCUCUCUUCUUUCUCAACCCUCACCUCUGCCUUGACCAAUGACGAAGCCGCAUACAUAGCGAAACGCCAGCUCCUGACACUUCCUGAAAAUGGUGAUCUACUAGAUCACUACGAAAUCAACGUCGACCCGAAGCUCACUUUCGCAAAUGACAGGCUCAAGUCAGCCUACGUUGGCCUCCAUGCACUGAAAGACGUCAUCUACUCCGAUCCGACUAACUUCACGGCAAACUGGCAAGGACCUGACGUGUGUAACUACAAUGGGGUUGUCUGCUCUCCAGCCCUUGACAAUCCCGAACUGGACGUUGUGGCUGGUCUGGACCUCAAUCAUGCAAACAUUGCAGCUCACUUUCCGUUCGAAUUUGGGCUCCUGACUGAUCUGGCUUUGAUCCACCUCAACUCUAACAGGUUCUGUGGGAUUGUGCCAAAGGUCUUCAGCAGGCUUCACCUCAUGCAUGAGUUCGACAUUAGCAACAACCGAUUCGUCGGCCCGUUUCCUACGGUCGUUCUAGAAUGGCCGGGGAUUAAGUACCUUGACCUCAGAUUCAACGAAUUCGAAGGAGAGUUGCCUCCGCAACUGUUCUUGUGUCCGUUGGAUGCCAUUUUCUUGAACCACAACAGGUUUAACUCUACAAUCCCAGACACACUAGGAAACUCGACGGUUUCGGUUGUGACAUUUGGCUUCAACGAUUUCAGUGGGUGCAUACCUCAAGGCAUUGGGGAGAUGCCUAAUUUGGAGGAGGUGUUGUUCAUGAACAAUAAAAUGAGUGGAUGCUUUCCUAAGGAGAUUGGGAAUCUAAAGAAUGUGACGGUUCUGGAUGUGAGCAAUAACGGAUUGGUAGGGCCGUUGCCGGACAGUCUUGCUGAGCUGAGGACCAUUGAAGUUUUGGAUGUUGCGUCCAAUAUGUUGACAGGGGUUGUGCCGGAGAAGAUAUGCAGCUUGCCAAAGUUGCAAAAUUUUACAUUUGCUUAUAACUAUUUUACAGGGGAGGAUCAGAAAUGUGUGCCUAAUCCAUAUGAACAAUUGACAUCGAAUGAUGAAGGCAACUGUAUCCCCGGCAAAUCCAAUCAAAGGAAUAAUGAGACUUGCUUCCAUGUGGUGACCAGGGUCAUGGAUUGUAGAUACAGUUGUUCCGGCCCUCCUGCACCAAAGUUCCUACCACCUCCCACUCCAAAGGUCGAGCCGCCACCACCGGUUAACUCCCCGCCGCCACCAGUUUACUCUCCACCACCACCGCUUCACUCUCCACCUCCUCCCGUUUACUCCCCACCGCCACCGCCACCGCCAGUUAACUCUCCACCACCACCGGUUCACUCCCCACCACCACCACUUCCUUCUCCACCGCCACCUGUUUAUUCCCCACCUCCACCGCCGGUUAAUUCCCAACCACCACCGGUUCACUCCCCACCACCACCGGUCCAUUCCCCACCACCACCGGUUCGCUCCCCUCCGCCACCGGUUCACUCACCACCGCCUCCGUUGCACUCUCCACCCCCACCAUUUUAUUUCCCGCCACCACCGGUUUACUCUCCACCACCUCCUGUAGUGCACUCUAUACCAUUUCCCCUAGUACACUCUCCACCACCACCAGUCUACUCUCCACCCCCAUCACUAGUCCAUUCUCCCGCACCUCCUCCAGUUUACUCCCCUCCACCACCAGUUCACUCACCCCCGCCACCUCCUCCUGCUUCACCACCACACCAGGGUGUAGUGAUCCUUCCACCAAAGAUUGGGGCACAGUCGUCACCACCGCCACCAAUGUUCCCCGCCCCAGGCCAUUAA